CGGAUUCGCGCACCAGGCUGACGUGGACAUUAAUGAAACGGUGAGUUUCAUUCUAAGCGGGAAGAUGAAUUUGACAAACCGGCUGCAGUCCUUUCGAUAUUCACUUUUCUCACCUUUUUCUUUUUUCACUUCUCCUCUCACCUCUCAGCUCUCAUCCCCGGUUUGACAAACUUCUCCUCUCACCUCUCACCUCUCACUUCUCCUCUCACCUCUCACGCCGUGGGAGCAAAGGUCGAAAAUCCUCCCCAUCACUUCUCCUUUCGUUCGGAACCACUGCAGUAAGCCGGGGUGGCGCAGAUCUGUGCAGUCGGGAAUAAAUAUAUCGGAAGAGCAUACUCCAUUGUUGAUUGGGAACAUGUUAUCUGAGGGAGAUAAGGUAUCAUCGUCAGUUUCUUCAUCUUCUAUUGUUAAUCAUACUUUGAGAAUCAACCCAAUUUGCAAUUGUGGGUCACCUGCUUCACUUAGAACAUCGAACACGCCAAGAAAUCCGGGCCGAUCAUUCUUUGGGUGUUCAAAAUACAAUACCAAGGGAUUACCACAUUGCAACUUUUUCAUAUGGGCAGAUAGUGGUAAGGAAAUGGAGAAUGACCUUAUGAAAGUAUUCAUUGAGAUUUUGAUGAAGAAGGAAGAGCUCCAGAAAACACAUGAAGAGUUGCAGAAAACACAUGAAGAGGUUCGCCAAUUAUUGCAACUUUUUCGAAGAAGAGAGGAAGAGGUGCGAACAAUGAUGGAAGAGGUUCGACAUUGUUCGGAAGAGGUUCGCCGUAGAGAUGGCGAAAUUGUCAAGCGGGAGGUGGAAGUCCGGCGUCAACGCACACAUAUUCGUAUAUGUGUGGCAGUUUCUAUUUUACUUUAUUUGUACUUUAUACGAUCGCUUUGAGUAUUAAUAGGCAUUUAGUUGUGUUUUGUAUAAAUUUGUUAGUGCAAGUUCAGAAGUUGGAACUUUUGGGACAACUCUUUUAUGUUGGUAUUUGUAAUUUUUGUGUGGAAAUUGAAGUGUAUACAUGCCUACAGGUCUGGCAACUUACUAGUAGAAAUAUGGAAGUUUUUUGGGGAAA